UGCUCCUGGUUCCAGUCUCCAGGCUCCUACUAGGUUCGUCGGCGGUGGGAGCGCGCAGGCGCGGCUGGCAGCUUGCAGAGCGCGGAGUAGCGGCGCGGAACGCGCGGGAGUCAUCAUCCAGGAACCUGCCAGAGACCACAAGAAAACAUGGGGAAGAUUUUCGUCACAGGAGAAAAAGCCAAUUCAGUAUUGAAACGCUACCCAAGAGCAAAUGGACUUUUUGAAGAAAUAAGACAGGGCAACAUUGAUCGUGAGUGCAAGGAAGAAAUCUGCACAUUUGAAGAAGCAAGAGAAGCUUUUGAAAAUACGGAGAAAACUAAGGAAUUUUGGAACACCUACACAAAAGCACAACAAGGAGAGAGUAACAGAGGAAGUGACUGGUUUCAGUUUUACCUUACCUUUCCAUUAAUCUUUGGCCUCUUUAUUAUCCUUCUGGUCAUUUUUCUAAUUUGGAGAUGCUUCCUCAGAAACAAAACCCGCAGACAGACAGUAACUGAAGGCCACAUUCCUUUCCCACAGCACCUUAAUAUCAUCACUCCGCCUCCCCCACCAGAUGAAGUGUUUGAUAGCAGUGGAUUGUCACCAGGCUUUCUGGAAUAUGUAGUUGGGCGCUCAGAUUCCGUCUCCACUCGUCUAUCCAACUGUGAUCCCCCACCCACCUACGAGGAAGCCACUGGCCAGGCGAACCUCCGGAGGAGUGAAACAGAACCUCACUUAGACCCACCCCCAGAGUAUGAGGACAUCAUUAAUUCCAACUCAGCCAGUGCCAUUGCUAUGGUGCCUGUGGUCACCACCAUCAAAUGAAACUGCAACCUUCUUUUUACUAUAAUCAUUUUUAAAAUACUAAUGAAAGAACUUUCUAGCACUUUACCACCACAUAAAUGUGCAUUGACUUAUUUUAUCAGACUGACAGCAUACCACUUCUCAUUUUCUGAUUUGAUUUUCAGGAGUUUUGUUUCCUACUAUAAAAUCAUUAUCCAUGCCCAUUUUCUCUAAUGGAAAUGUGUGAAGAGGGAAAAACCUUAGUGGAGGUCUUCACGUGAUGUGAUGAGACAUACAUACAUGUCUAUACACAUGUGUGUAUGGGCACAUCAGCCCAGUACAUGUACAAGUAUCUUAAAAAGUCAUUACCUUCUGUCUAAAUCACCUAUAAAGAGAAUAUUCCUCCAAAAUUGGGGGGUGGCGGGGAGACACUAACCAUUUGUGUAUAGCCGGCCACAUGCUGUCGAAUUUUGAAAAUAAGAUGAACUUGGCAUAUUCUUCAGUUCUUACUGGCUUUUGUUAACAUCCCCUUUUCUUCAAAUACCUUAAAAAAUGCAUGUAUUCUAUCUUGAUUCUAGGAACAUCUCAGAGAGAGAGAGAAGGAAGGCAAAAUAAACAAUUAUUUACUUACAGUGUACAGCAAGAAUAUCAUUGGCCACUAGUGACAUUUGGCUAGUUUUAGAGGAAGGAUUUUGUUGUUGACCGCCUUUCUCCA